AUGCUGCAAGAAGGCUAUGGACAUUGCCUCAGUGGCUUCCAUGCCCUAAUCAUGGCAAAGACGAGAUGGCAGAGUGCUGUUGCUGUCUUGGAGGAUAUGAGGAUCUGCAGCAUUCCACCAUCAUCCGUCAGUUUCUCGUUGAUCGUUGGCUCCUGCCGUGUCGCUGACGAAUGGCGCUGGCCUUUAGCCAUGCUCGGCCUGGACCCGGAGAGCCUGUGGGGCUCAGUGGCCGGGGCCUGUCAACAAGCAGCUCAAUGGCGAUGGUCGGCAUGGCUUUUGGAAAAACAUGGUGAAGACCAGCUGACUGAGUCCACCUUCAAUUUAGCGCUGAGCAUUUGCAAGGUGGCGCGCCAGUGGCAGCGGGCACUGGACCUGGUCUACGCCCACCCUGGACGGCCCGGCGACUUUGCGCUCGCCUCCACCAUCAAAGCAUGCGAAGCACGAUGGCAACGGUGCCUGACACUUUUGGAAAGGCAACUUGACGUCGGACCUAUUGGACCAGUAGUGAUCACAACUGCCAUCUCUGCAUGUGAGAAAGCGAAGAAAUGGCAAGCCGCGUUGCACUUGGCGCGAUGUGUGGAGGAUUGUGUGGCAUUGUCUUCGGUGAUGAGUGCGUGUGUCCAAGGGAGCGAGUGGCAGAGGGCCUUGUGUUUGUUUAGCCGUGCUGGAAACAUCGACGCGGUGACCUGGAGUGUUGCCGCCAGCGCCUGUGACCGAGGGAGCAGCUGGGAGCUGGCUUUCCAUCUCUUCCGUGAGAUGACAACUUGGGGACAGGUGAACCCCAAUGUGGUGGUCUAUGGGGCGCUCUUGCGUUCCUCCAGAUGGAGGGAGCAGCUAUCCUUGCUUGACCAUAUGAUGGGCAGGCAAAUUGAGUUGAAUGGCACCUGCAUCUCAGAGGUGCUCUCCAGCUUCUCGGCUGCUAGCCAGCUUGCUGGGGCUUGCUCUCUGCAGCCCAUCUUACUGCGGCAGACGCUGCGAUCUUUGUCUCCGAGAUCGAGUUCUAGGACACAGAUCGAAUCCGUGAAUUUGGGGGCGCUCUUGCAUGACAUGUCUUGCUGGACUAGGGCAUCUGCAACGAUGUACCGCCGCAGCAUGGUGAUGCCGCUCAGGCCUCAGUUGCUGAACAGGUGCCGCCUGGAUGUGGGCCUUGAGAAGGUGGCAACCAUGGCAGGUGGCUUCAUGAGACUUGAGGUUCGGUUGGCUCGCUGGGUGGCGGUGGUGUCGCUGCUGGCGGGCCCUUGGUUUUCUUACCUGGCCGGCUGGGUGCCUGAAUGCUGCGAGGCUGGUGAGGUCGGCUGGUAUUCCUCCAGUGCCCGAUCUGGAGCGUCACCAUUGAGCCUUGAGGAUUCUGAGCAGCCAGAUGUGGAUUGUCGUUUGGAUCGGAUCAAUCGGAUCAAGGUCUUGCCACCAACCAAUUCCGUGAACUUGCAUUCUUCGGUGCUGAGCGCGGAUGCCAAGAGAUCUGUGGGGACAGCCUUCCAUCGUCAAGGUCUCAAUGGAUUUCAUGGACAUGGACGGAAAGAAAGGGGCAGUUUCAAGAAGACGAACCCUUUCUGGUUCUUCAAGCCUGUUUGGGCGCGAAAUCUCCGACGCAUCAGAAUCAAUGGGCACCUGUUGGCACCGAGUUCGGCCACAACGUCUUGGCCGAGCAAAGGAAAAGACCCAAGGAGGCCGUUGAGUCUGAACAGCAACGACGUGAGGCCACAGAAGAAGGCUCAGGCUGGGACCUUGCGGACCUUGUGGAAACUUCUGACGGUCCAGGAGCUGGCCGUUCCCUCAGAUCAGCCUCGGCCUUUGAGGUGGAAGUUGAAAGACAUCUUUGGAGCUUUGGGGCCUAGCUGGAACCGUUGGCAGGAUGUGCUGUCGUUCAGACAGACGCUUGAGAAUCAGAGCGACGGAAGCGCAGUGAUGCUGUCAUCCGUGAUGGUGAACAUCCUGUCGAACAUGGCUUUCGCCGGGAUGAAUUUCAUCCAGGGCUCCAAUGGGAAAGAUCUGACCUUCUUGGAUCAAUGUCAGCUUCCCCUUCAACUGUACACUCAUCAGCCGUUGGAGUGCGACUCAACACCGUCCAGUAGAAGGGCGGAUUGUACAUUUCAGAUCCCCAACUACUUGGAGUCCUUGAAGCUGAUGAACCUUGCGGACUAUGUUGCCUCCUGGAAGGCUGCAUCUCUGUUCAGUUCCUUCAAAGAGCUCUACACGGCCGAGGAGGCGCCCAGUUGGGAAGACAAGCACGGACAAAGUGCUGUGCUGCAGAUGGCUGCAGAGGGCCUGGAAACGGCGCAGGCUACAGGUGUUCAUCCUGCAGACUUGGCUGCAGACGUGCGAUCGGGUUUUCGCUUCGCCUUCGAUUUAGAGGGGAUACUGGCUAUGCUUCAAGAAGGUUUUUAUUGGGACACCUUCAGCCAGAUGAAGUAUGCGAACAACGGUGCUUUUGGAGCGGCUGUAGUCGAGGACCAAGCGGACGGUGACGUGCUUGGAUUCUUGAUGAUGAAGUCGCAGCUAGCCAUGCACCUGACUGAGAAAGAUGGGUUACUGGUCGCAGAUCUUGCCGAUCUGGAGCAGUACAAGGCCCUGCCUGGCUUCGCCCCACUGGGUGGGAAGGCUACCUUCCAAUGGAAGGAUGGCAAGCUGACAACUGUCCAGCUUCAGUACAAGGGGAAGACCUAUGAUGCAGUCAACAAGGCAGAACCUGCAGAAACUACGCAGUUUCAGCAUAGCGUUUUGGAAGGUUGGAACUUUGCGGAAAAGGCCAUUAUCGCUUCUCUUCUCGCGAAAACACAACUGCUGAUCCAUGUGAAGACCAUUCACAUGGAACUUGCGCCGACUCUACAGGCCGUCACCAUCGACUCGCUCAAAGGCUUCAAGGAGCAUCCGCUUCGACAGUUUUUGGAACCUUUCACCACGCGAAACAUUCAGGCGACCAACAACAAUCUGAAGAUUUGGUUCGAGUUCCGGGGUGCAGAGUUUGGUCUUGCACCUCUCAGUGUCGAGGACGUGGAGAGUGCCUUUUCCUGGGCUCUGGGAGAGCAGUUGAGUUCUUGGAUGACUUAA